CUGCGUGCUCGUGGUCCUCCUAGUAUUGAUCAGCCUCCCCGUAACCAGAAAGGGCCGGAUUGCAAUCAUUCGACGGUGAGCGUGCAUCCUCUCAAUACCGGCGGACUUUCCUUGCUCUUGUAGUUUAGAGAAAAAGGAACGACUCAUCACGCUUCGGUGUGUGAACACUAUAGUGAACGUUCUUGAGAGGCAGAAGGACUACCAUUGGUCAUCAGCCAGCCACCCACCUACCCACCCGACAAGCCAGCCAACCAGCCAUCAAGACAGCCAGCCAGCCAGCCAGCCGCUUUACACUGCCAGUCGCGCCGGGUUCAGCAGUCAGUCGCGCCACGUGUGUACGAGCGAGCGGUACUAAGCCAGCGUUGCUCUGCCUAGCGUCCUCUUGCCCCCAAUCUUGGCAGACAAGAGACAGCGUGGUUUGACUUGACUCUGUCCCUCCGUCAGUUUGAAUUUGGCAUCCAUCUGAGAAGAUUCGUUUGGGAAGUGAGGGAGAAGCACUGUCUCCUCUACAGUCCGUGUGACAGACGAAUAGCCGGACACCCCCGCCCGUAACUGGACCGCCACACCAUCGACUGCAACAAAGGAAUCCUGGAGGGCCACAGCUUUCCCAGGCUGGCGCUUUUAUUCUUUCGGUUUCUGAACAACAUGGACGUUUUCCCCGUGGUUCUCUAGCACGAGGUGGUGAGGACGUCAGCCACCGGCGCCACAACUCACCUGAAAACGCGAGAACGCUACCAUCAGGACAGCGGCUCGCCACCCCAACCGCCACCACCAGCAUUAGCUUUACCCGCAUCCCGCCCCACUCCUGUUGUUUGACAAGAUGGUAACUGAAGGCAAAAUGAACCCGAGGCUGGUUAUCGAGGACCUCCCAGAUGCGCUGCACCAACGCAUGGACCAACUCAACAUGCUGCGUAAAAGUAGACAUUUCUGUGAUGUUGUUCUGCAGGUUGGAAAUUCAGAGAUUCAUGCCCAUCGCGCGGUGCUAGCCUGUGCCUCACCCUACUUCUUCGAGCUGUUCAAUUCUGAGGAUGAACACAAGUCUGCACAUGAGGGAAAGCUACUGUACAAGAUGAACGGUGGAUUUGAACGAGAGAGUGUGGAACAGCUGGUCAAUUAUACCUACACUGGCCGUCUGGAGGUGCCUGAGCCAAUGGUUAAAGCAGUGUUCAUUGCUGCUAAGAGGUUGAAGCUGGAGUCAGUGGCCCAAGCCAGUGGGGAGUAUUUGGUGAAUCAUCUCACUCCAGAGAGUUGCCUGGCAGUGAGGGCCAUCAAUGGCAUUGCUUCCAACAAGGAACUUGUUGCUCGUGUUGAUGAGUACAUCCAGCAACUGAAAGAUUUGGUAAAGGUGACCCAGGAUGCCUUGACUCUGCCACGCCUUCAGGUGACUGUUGUACAUAGAAACCAGGAUGAGGCUGCCAUUACUGGCCGUGCUCUUUGUUCUCUUGUGAUGGACUGGGUUAGGAAGCAGAUGGAAGAGGAAGAGAUGAUGUUGGACUCCAUGAAGGAAAAAAAGCACAUGCUGUACCUCAAUAUUGACAACUCACUUCAUGAUUGUUCUGACAUUCGAUCUGGUGAACUCCAUGAUUCAGAUAUUGUGCAGGAUUAUAAGAAAAUGUCCAGGAAAUUGUCCCAGACCAACAUGAAAAUUCGUAGAAAGUCAACCACCCCUCAACCAGUGAAGCCUCGUUUGCUGCUUUACUCGCGCAGCAUCUCUGAUAUGGAUGAAUCAGAGCAAGAAAGUGAAUGGAAACUGAUUACUUACUCUCAAGUUUCAGAGAGCUCAUGGGUGGCAGUAGUGGCACUGCGUGGCUCUGUGGCUGUGAUACUGGUACAGCAGAAGGUUGGUGGGUCCUCAUCCCCCACUUCUACUCCUGUGACUUCCAGACCAGCUUCUGUUGAGAAGGUUGACUUCUAUACAGUUAUCCCUCACAUGUCCUCUCCCAAGUGUGCCACUGGAACUGGCAACUUCAAUGGCCAAAUGCUGGUGUGUGGAGGAUAUGAUCGUGGAGAAUGCUUGAAGACAGUGGAGGCCUACAAUCCCAAGACCAACAAAUGGGUUGAGCUGCCAGCCAUGCAACAAGGCCGAGGCCGUUUUGAUCUGACAGUGCUUAAUGGUCGGGCGUAUGCCAUAGGGGGUUGUGAUGGAUCUCGAGAACUGAAUUCCGUAGAGGUACUGGAGGAGAGUUCAAAGAAGUGGAGAAGUGUAGCAUCACUGCCCCUUGCACGCUCAAACACUGGUGUGUGCAAUUUGGGGUCCCAUGUGUACUGUAUUGGGGGAUGGAAUGGUCAGUAUGGCAUCAAACAGUGUGAUGUUUACUCUCCAGAGAUUAACUCUUGGAACACCAUUGCUCCACUCCAUGUUGGUCGCUAUCAGGCUGGGGUGGCUGCAUUCAAUAAUGCUGUUUAUGCUGCUGGAGGAUGCGACUCAUGGAAUUGUCUUAAUUCAGUAGAGGUGUAUAAUCCCAUCACUAACUCGUGGACAUUUGUUGCUCCCAUGACCACGCCAAGGCGAGGCUGUGGUGCUGAAAUGUUCAAAGGAAAAUUGUAUGUGAUUGGAGGCUCAGAUGGGACACACAGUUUGUGUACCACUGAAGUGUAUGAUCCUGAGUCUAAUAGCUGGAUGCCAGGUCCCUCCAUGACUACCUGCAGAGCUAAUGUGGGUGUGACGGUGGUGGAUGGCCGUUUGUAUGCUGUGGGUGGAUUUUCAGGGAAGAACUUCCUUAAUAGCAUUGAGUACUUGGACCCUGUCUCUGGGGAGUGGACUAACUUCACCCCAAAACCUGAGGGAUUGUCUCUCUCAGAGGAACAAAAUGGCUUUAGUGAAAGGGAGCAGUCUACAAUAUCUGAAAAUGAAGAUCAUCAUUCUAAUGGUCAUGAGACCAUACAUGAAAUAUCUAAUGGUUAUUUGGAGAAUGGGUGUAAUGGGCUGUCUAAUGGACACAUGCCAGUAGCUACUACAUGUCAGUGAAUGAUUGAAUAUAAGAAAAGAAAAGUUAUUAUUAUUAAUUUUGCUUCACUGUGGAAAUCGUAUUUCAUCACAUGAUCCAAGAAUGGCUACUUUCAUCAUAUCCUAGUACAUAAUAUACACCUAGGAAAAUAUAAAGUUUUCUAUCAGUGUAGCAGAGGACAGGUGUCUGGUCUGACAGCACCAACAUACCUAUUGUGUAUCAUUGUGUACACACCAUUGUUUGUAAGGCUCCUCUCAAAUGUUACCUCUUCUGAAAACUCUUCCCUCUGGAAGUAGGUGCCUUUCUUUCCUCCCUAAGCAAAGAUCCCCACUUGUUUGUUAAAGUGGAAUACAGCCUACUUGACCUUUAUGUCCAGAGAAUAGGAGGCAAAUCAGUAGUAGGGUUAUGGAAAACUUUAAUAUUAAUCUGCAUUUAACAGUACUAAUAUUAAAGGCUAUUGUUACUUCAUAUAUAGCUGUGGUGAUCCCUUUCAUGGAACUGUGAGGAAUUGCCCAGGAUCUUUAACACUGUGCCUAAUUUGCUUCCCUCAAGGGCUGUUCUUAGGGGGUACUGAAAAGUAGCUUAAUUGUUCUGAUCAUGGUUGAAGGGAUCAAUUAUACUCUUAAGCUAUUUGAUUGUAUUGAUUAUCUAGGGUGCCACACAUACUGCCCAAUAUAUCAACACAGAAGAAUGACUGUCUAGUGCCAAAUUCAUUGAAAAGUGUCUUGCCUUUUCUUUUGAGUUUCUCAUUUCUCUGUAGUUUGUUGGUGCACCUUGCUGCUCCUUGUUAUGCUCAGUUUUAUUAUUAAUGGUCACGGUUAACAAGUCGAUCUAACAGUGCACUGGGAGACUGUGUGUGUCAGUUGGUGUGAUACAUGUUAUGCUCUUGCUCCUCCUUAUUUUUGUAUUUUCAUGUUUUACAUUAACUAAGGUAAAAGGUUAAUUGGUUCCUUGAAAUACUGGGGAUGGAAAAGAUUGUCUCAUCUUUUACAUUAGGUUAUUUGGCAUACAUUAUGACAAGUACCAAAAAAAGAUGGUUUGUUAUUGCGGCCCCUGCAGUAGAUGACUGAUAACUUCAGUCACUGAAGGCACAAAUACAUCAGCAGGGAUAUGUCAUAGGAGAAACAAGGAUGGGAGUGAGUUGUAGCAUGUAUCAUGCUCAGGACCUCCUGAUCACCUAAUUAUUUAUCAUGGUGACUGUUGUACUUGCUUGUCAGACCUCCUCCGUCCAGCUGCUGCUACUGUACUCCUAUUGUGUUGCUGUCACACCGUGAGUCAUAUCUUCAUGCUUUCAAACUGAAAAGAAGUUUUGCACUGGGCAGAAUGUGUACACUUUUAUUUUUUUUAUUUCUGUGAAAUAAUUGGUUGAUAAUUAUCUAGCUGUGACACUUGGGAAUAAGAAUUGAAAAUUUCUACAAAUUUACAUUGUAUUAAGUUCAUCUGUAAAUUUUCUGUAGAGCAUAAUAUUCAUGGCUAUGGAAAAGUCUUGCUGGUAUUAUUGGCUUAUACUGGCCUCGAGCACUGAGGCUGCUUCUUAUAGUGUCUGUGGUCUCAUUUUCGGGAUAUUUUCUUUCCAUUUCCAAACCUUUUGUAUCCCUUCAUGUAAGCCUUAAGAUGUAUACUCACAGGCAUUUAAAGCCCUGUGAUACCAGGCAAGCUGGCCUUGAGAGCAGUGGAGCUGAGUUGACUCCUUGGGCUCGUACUUUUGCCUUUCAUAUUGUAUGGCUUGCUGCCAUAAUGUUUCCAUUUUUUUUUUUGUUGCAUGCUGGUAACAUCGAUAUAAUCGUUCCACAUUUAAUACUUCUAUUAGUUCCACUUUUUAUUUUCUCAUAUCAUGGAUCUGGUAGAAGUGAUGCAUUGUUAUUUAAGUGAAGAUCCCUAUAAUACUGACUGUCUGAGACCUGGGUGGAGAGCAUGUGAGAGGAAUGUGGAACAAGGCAGUCCUCACAACACCAGCUCUGUCUUUGCUCAAUUUUUUCUCUCCUCUACAUCAAGUUCUGCUGUUUGGUCAAGAACAGUCAGGCUGAAGCCUUGAUGUCCUCUAUCUUCCUCAGAGAUCCCGUUGUCUAUUUUUUUAUAUAAAAUAACAGCCACUGUUUUCAGGGGUCUUUGUGCCGUUCCAAGACAAAAAGCUUGGAUUAUUGUGGGUGUGUACAACAGUGAUAUACAAACUUUAAGGAAAUAAAUGGCAUUUAUAUAAGAUACAGAAAGCAAUUGGGUUUUACGGGUGAACACUGUUUUCCCAGUGACAUUGUACUGUUUUUUAGAGGCCUAGGAUUGUUGAUAGACUGACCUAGCUGCCCACAUCAAAAGAAAUAUUUGUCUAUGCUGCAACUACUUCAUUAAGUCAUGUGUAUUGAUACCUACAUGUUCUUGGAAAAGGUAGAAGGAAGCGUGCUCCCUUCCUUUCCAUUGCUGAAAAGCAAGGACACAUGGGAGAUGAGAUGGUUCUUAACCAUGAUAUACAAGGGAAUUCAAACAUGAAAAUAUGUAAGUAAUCUAAUUAGAAAUUGAUACUGUGGCACUACUGACAUCCUCACCAAAAGUGUCACAAUGAAAUGUUCAGCAUUCAAGCAUUUUAACAGGCCAUGUCACCCUUCCCAUGCUGGACUGUCACAGGGUGAGAACCACCACAUACCUCAUGUUUUAUGUCAAUGGAUGAGGCAUAAGGCAACUCUUUGUCUUGUGAUUACCUAUAGCUGUGAUAAGAUUUUUUCCACCCUAACUGCUCUUUGAAUUACUGAGGUGAGAUGUGUUAAUUGGUAAGCUGAUAUAAUGAUAUUUCUUUGAAAUCUGUUAUAUACUACAUACAUAUAUAAUAUACAUACAUAUAAAGUGCCUCCAGGCAUGUCACCAUCCCUUCUUAUCUUUUCUUUUGAAAAUGUUAACCAGACCAUUUUAUUUUUAUUUAAUUUUUUUUUUUCUUUUAAAUGUCCUGGUCAACCAAAAGUGAACAAUUUUGUAUGAUAUUAACAGUAUAUAGGUUUGACUCAUGUGCUCCUCACUUGGUCACCCCUGUACAUCACAAUAAUAACUUCUGAAAACAU